AUGCUCUCUUCAUCUGUUCCCAAUGACACUGCCUUCCACCCUUCCACCUUUAUUCUACUUGGAAUCCCUGGGAUGCAAGACCAGCAUGUUUGGGUUGCCAUCCCUUUCUGCUCCAUGUAUAUCCUUGCCUUGGUUGGCAAUGGCACCAUCCUCUACAUCAUCAUGACGGACAGAACUCUGCAUGAGCCAAUGUACCUCUUCCUGUGUCUACUUUCCAUUACUGACCUGGUACUCUGUUCAACCACAUUGCCCAAGAUGCUAACAAUCUUCUGGUUUAGGUCCCACGUAAUUUCCUACCAUGGUUGCCUCACCCAGAUGUUUUUUGUUCACACAGUCUUUGCCACAGAGUCGGCUGUUCUGCUGGCCAUGGCUUUUGACCGCUAUGUGGCUAUCUGCCGUCCACUUCAUUAUACAUCCAUCCUUAAUGCUGCAGUGAUUGGGAAGAUUGGUCUGGCAUGUGUGGUCCGUGGCUUUCUCUUUGUUUUCCCCUUUGUCAUCCUCAUUGAACGCUUACCCUUCUGUGGACAUCAUAUCAUUCCCCAUACCUAUUGUGAACACAUGGGCAUUGCCAAGCUGGCCUGUGCCAGCAUCAAGCCCAAUACCAUUUAUGGUCUCACUGUGGCACUUUCAGUCACUGGAAUGGACGUGGUCCUCAUCGCCACCUCGUACACCUUGAUCCUGCAAGCUGUGCUGCGUCUGCCCUCAAAGGAUGCCCAAUUUCGAGCAUUUAGCACUUGUGGAGCCCACAUCUGUGUGAUUCUUGUCUUCUAUAUUCCUGCCUUUUUUUCCUUUUUCACUCACCGCUUCGGCCACCAAGUACCUCCUCAUGUCCACAUUGUACUUGCAAAUCUCUAUCUUCUCGUGCCCCCUGUUCUCAAUCCCCUGGUCUACGGCAUUAACACCAAACAGAUCCGGUUGAGAAUAUUAAGCUUUUUUAUGCAGAGUAGGUAG